AUUUCUAAACUCCAUCAAUUUUCUAGUGGAGAGUAUUGCUUCUUCUCUCCACAAUUCGCUCGAUUAAUAGAGAAGAGAGAGAAACGGUAUCACCGCCGGUGUUGGAACGCCGUCGUUUAAUGUGAACAAAAAAAAAUGACGCCGUUUGCCGCCGGUCUGAGGUAUUACCUCUCGGAGCACCCCUCCAUCGUGAGCUUCCGGUGGAGCCACAGCCAAUCCUGGGGCUCCACGUGGUCCUUCCUCUUCACCUCCAUCGGCCUCUACCUCUCCUCCGCCAUCCUCCUCCACGCGCUCCUCCUCGUCGCCUUCCGCCACCGCCGCCCCCUCCCCGUGGGCCCCCUCCCCGCCGCGCACUCCCUCUGCAUGGCCCUCCUCUCCGCCACCAUCCUCGCCGGCACCGCCCUCUCCGCCGCGGCCGAGAUCCGCGACACGCGCUGGCUGUGGCGCCGCUCCCGCACCACCCCGUUCCAGUGGCUCCUCUGCUUCCCCCUGGGCACACGCGCGUCGGGGCGCGUGUUCUUCUGGUCGUACGCGUUCUACCUGACGCGCUUCCUCCACGCGGGGAGAUCGUUCAUCACGAUCCUCCGCCACCGCCGGAUCUCGGUGUUCAAGCUGUGCAGCCACUCGGCGUCGAUCGUGGUGUCGUUCCUGUGGCUGGAAUUCACGCAGUCGUUCCAGCUGAUCGGGAUCAUGCUGACCACGCUCAUCUACACGGCGGUGUACGCGUACCGGUUCUGGACGGCGCUGGGGAUGCGCGGCGCGUGCUUCCCGUUCGUGGUGAACUGCCAGAUGGUGCUGCUGGGGUGCAAUCUGGUGUGCCACUGCGGCGUGCUCCUGCUCCACUUGGUCACGGGCGGGUGCAACGGCAUCGGCGCCUGGCUCUUCAACUCGGUGCUCAACGGCGCCAUCAUGAUGCUCUUCCUCAACUUCUACCUCAAGGUGCACCACCGCAAGCUCAAGCCCGCCGCCGGCCGCUUGGCGGCGGAGAUGUCGGCCAUCGUCAAAGACAAGGACAUGUAACAAUCCUCCACCACCAAAUUAACUUGUUUUCAUCGAUGUAGCCGCGCCUGUAAAUUCUAUAAAGAUCAUCCCUCUCUUUUUAUUUGAGUCUGA